AUGUUUCGAUGGUGUCUCCUAAUACUCUGCGUCUCUGCACAAUCUCCUCCCUCUCAACAACCGGCGUCUGCAAAUAUUAGUAGUUCAAGUGUACAGCAUCAAAUCUAUGACGUCAUCGUGGUGGGCGCCGGUCUGACGGGCCUAACAGCCGCCCGUAACAUCCAACAAUCUCGUCCCGGUCUCUCGGUGUUAGUACUAGAAGCACGUGGACAAGUCGGUGGAAGAGUACGGUAUUCCACAAUGCAGACGAGGAAUGGAGUCGAGUUUUUGGAUACUGGCGCCCAAUUCAUUUCUCCGACGGACGUGGAAUUGUUAGCCUUAAUUCAACAAUUGAAUGUUAGAACGACACAGCAAUUGACAUGUGGCAACAAUACAGUAUUCCAGCAGACGAGGAGGAGGAAAAGACAACUGUCUCUUCAACAACAAUGGAGCACAACUCUCUUCUCUGAUCUCAUCAACACACCCGAACUAAUCAAUAAUCUGACGAAUACCUCCAUCUCGACAAUGUCCCAACAGAUGGAUGCAGCGGAUUCCGAUUCUGUUAAUCGGUUGAUGCAGACCUUCUUCGACGCCCCCGGAGAACAAGUGUCUCAAGUGCAAUUGGCCCUCACCUGUUCCAGUCAAAAUGCGACUGCAGUUGAGAUUCUGAGGAGAUUCGGACACGGACAGAGUCUAUUGGCACAAGGAGGAAUGAAUGAAGUUGUGAGGAGACUGGCUGAUGGAUUAUUGAUUGAAUAUAGUCAACGAGUCAUCUCGGUUAAUGACGCCGCUUACCCAGCCGUCGUGCAAACCUCCGCCGGCCGCCGCUUCACCGCCCGUCAAGUCAUUGUAGCCGUGCCUAUUCCGACACUGGAGAAUAUCGAUUUGGUACCGACACCGGAGGCUCCAUUCCAACAACUCAUUCAAAACUACGGUCCAACUGGCCACGCCUACUACUUCACCAUGUCAUUCCAACGUGCCACGUGGCGUCUGAAUGGGCGGAGCGGAAAAGUGAUCUACACGUCGACAAGUGGACCACUCGUCUGGCUAACCACUUUUGACACCACUUUCGCGUCGAGCUGUGACAACUCUACUUCGGCUUCUUCAUCGUUGUGGGGAAUCGCUCAUUUCUCGUAUGACGUUCCAUUUGAGACAAGAAAGAAAUUGUAUAUUCAAGCGAUUAUGUACUCGUUGAGAUUCGCUGAUUUCUCGCCGCUGGAUUGCGUCGAUGUCAACUUCGCGACGGACGAUUUGGCAAAAGGAACAAUUCCCACAUUGAGACUGAACAUUCCAAUUGAUUCUUUGAAGUAUUUGAAUGAUUUCCAUACAUUAUAUCAGAAUGUACAUAUUGCAACAGCAGAUAUCUCAUCGAAUAGUUUAGGAACCAUGAACGGAGCAGUCCAUUCCGGUACCGCUGUGAGCAACUAUGUGCUCCAAAUGCUCUCCGCCGCAGACGCCCAAUCGAAUGGUGUCCUUCGUGACACCCCCGUGGAAUCCACGACUCCAUACAUCUACAGUACCUCCUCUCACUAUCCACCGUCCAUGUUUGCAGCUGCAGCGGCCGUGGUACCGGAACAGCAGAAUCAGACGAGAAUUCAGAAUUCACCUUUGAAUGCUCAGAAUUCUUCUGCCACUACUCAAUUCCAAUACGAGACGAGUUCUCAGUAUCCGACGACUGUGGAGACACCCACAACCACCACUAUGAAACAUUUCAGUUUUGGGAAUCUGGACAACACUACGACUGCCGAUGAACCCCAAGCAGUCCUCUACGACAGUCCCCCUCAACAUGCUCAACCCACUUUGAAUUACUCAACGACAUUCGCGUAUUCCACUUCAAGUGUAAUGCCGCCAGUCGUGCCGAUCGAAACGACAACGCUUAGACACUUUAGUAACGGAAAUUUGAACGAAACAUCGACUGCACAGUCACCUCCAUCUGUGCAACGAGACGACCCAUCGAUUUUGAUCAACCAGCAACAAAAUGGAUACGCUUACACAACUUCUACUCACUAUCCUAUUCAAUUAUCCUCAAAUCGGAACAGCAUCAAUUCCCGCGCAACACCAUCACCAGAAGUCGUCCAACAGCUUCAGCAAGUGUCGGAGAAUGCGUCCAACUCGACAUCACUCCAAUUGGCGUCAAGUCUGACGCAACUGGUGCAAACACUUCUCACCACGCUUCGCCUACAGUAA